GGCGGCGGCGGGCGCGGACGGGGCGCCGCGCCCCGUUCCUCCUGCACAUCAAACCAUCAGAAAGAUUGGGCUGUCUCGGAGGUGGCCCAGGAUGAAGGCGCUGUAGCGCCUGUGAACGAUAACCCAUCAGCAGGGAGUCCCUUCAGCGGAAUGCUCUGGCGGGGGUGUGCAGGCUUUAGCAUCAUUUGCUUAGAGCCUGAAAUUCUAUCCCUCGGAAGGCUGGGAAUUAGUCAGGAAAGGGAGGAGAGGAGGGGGAAUAAAGCUCAUCACCCUGCCCCUCUCUCCUGCAGCACAGGACGUGCUCAGCCUGUAGGAUCAGGAUUUAAAGUAGCUGGAAACCCUGCGGAUCAUUUGGAGGACGGGAAGGGCUCGAAUGUGACAGUUGUACCAUCUCUAAGAAGAGUUUGUCACUUCACUGGCGUGAUAAGCUUUAUUUUAUAUUUGGGUGUGGAAUAGAUUCUUAUCCCUGCCUGAGCAUUGUCCAUCUUAACCCUUUAUAACCUCAAAAGUUUUUGAUUCCAUUCAAGCCUUUCCUAGUGUGGAGAGAUUAAAGGAGGAAGAGAAACUAAGGGCAGAAACUGAAAUGGAAUUGUUCUUUUUACUUAAGGCUCGCAGCAAAGACGACGACCCCGUGUCCCACGGGCCCCUGGCUCUGGGCCCCAGUGCUCCCAGGCAGGAUCCAUGUCUGGGGAGUCGGGGCAGGAUGGAGAGCCUGGGGCUGCCAGCAGUGACCCUUGGGGAUGGCACCACGGCCUGCCUGCAGCAGGCUGCCAGAGGUGAAAAGCUGAUUGAAGGGCAAGUCAUUGAACUUGAAGAUGGGACCACAGCUUAUAUCCAUCAGGUGACAGUUCAGAAAGAGGCUCUGGCUUUUGAAGAUGGGCAGCCAGUGGUGCUGGAGGAUGGCAGCAUGGCCUUCAUACACAGCACAGCUAAAGAGAGUUAUGAGCCUGGCACAUUCCAGGCUGUCCAGCUAGAGGAUGGCUCCACUGCCUACAUCCACCGUCCUCUCAUCGUGGCACCUGGCAGCACCAUCCUGGAAGUGCAGACAGAGCCUGGGCUCCAGGAGUUGGCUGGGGAGGAGGAGGAGGAUGGCUUUGAUGUGGACACCAUGAAUGCAUUGCAGCAGUAUGGCAGGAAGGAAUUGCAGGAGGAGGAGGUGCAAAGCCACAGGAAGGGGCAGCAGGUCGGCAGCAGAGCUUUCCGCUGUGGAUACAAAGGUUGUGGCCGCCUCUACACCACUGCCCACCACCUCAAGGUACAUGAACGUGCUCACACAGGUGACCGGCCAUACACAUGUGACUUCCCAAGCUGUGGGAAAGCAUUUGCUACAGGGUACGGUCUGAAGAGCCAUGUGAGAACACACACAGGUGAGAAACCCUACAAGUGUCCAGAAGACAUGUGUAGCAAAGCCUUCAAAACCUCCGGGGACCUGCAGAAACACAUCCGCACGCACACAGGUGAGCGUCCCUUCAAGUGCCCCUUUGUGGGCUGUGGCCGCUCCUUUACCACGUCCAACAUCCGCAAGGUUCACAUCCGCACGCACACGGGCGAGCGGCCCUACAUGUGUGCAGAGCCUGGCUGCGGCAGGGGCUUCACCAGCGCCACCAACUACAAGAACCACAUGAGAAUCCACACAGGAGAGAAGCCAUACCUGUGCACCGUGCCGGGCUGUGGGAAGCGCUUCACAGAGUACUCCAGCCUGUACAAGCACCACGUGGUGCACACGCACUGCAAGCCCUACACCUGCAGCAGCUGCGGCAAGACCUACCGCCAGACCUCCACGCUGGCCAUGCACAAGCGCAGCAGCCACGGCGAGCUGGAGGCCACCGAGGAGAGCGAGCAGGCCCUCUACGAGCAGCAGCAGCUGGAGGCUGCUGCAGCUGCUGACAGAGGCUCUCCAAUGAAGAGUCAGCAUAUUGCUUUCCUGUCAGAAGUGGAGGAAGAUGAAGAAGAUUCUGUGCCUACACAAAUCUCACUUAUCUCUCAGGAUGGGACAGAGCAGGUCAGUCUGUCUCAGGAGGAGCUGCAGGCCCUGGGCAGUGCCAUCGGCGUGGUGACGCAGAGCGGGGUCCUCGCCGUGCCCGAGGGAGAGCUGCCAGGUGGUGACACGGGGGCCAUGACUGUGGCCAGCACUGAUGGCAGCGAGGCACAGGAGGUGACCAUAGUCGCUUCUGGGGCAGUGGUGUCAGAGGAGUCGGACAUCGCCCCGCUCUGUCAUCAGCAGGUGGCAUUGCUGGCCACCUCCCACGGCACCCACAUCGCUGUGCAGCUGGAAGAGCAGCAGAGCCUGGAGGAAGCUCUCAGCAUGGCCACAGCAGUCAUCCACUACGAGCCAGUGGCACCUGACACAGCCCUGCCUGGGAAGGGGAGCUGAGGCCAGCGGAGCAGCCGGGGCAGAGGGGGAGUGGCAGCCCCAGCCCGCCGUGUGCAGGGGUGGCAGGGCAGGGACAAUGUCUGAGCCAGUGCCAGCGUGUGCCCUGUGCCAGCUGGGGCAGCACAGGGCUGGGGUGACCUGUCUGAAGGGGAGGGAGGGCAGAUACACUGGGCUGCUGCCUGCUCCUGGGCUCUGAGCAGCAGCCCUCUCUUCAGGGGCACUUCCUGCCCUCUCCCUCAAGGAAUGGUCCAACAACUUUCCUUUCUUGCCCACCCCUCCAGCUCAGGGGCAAGCGGGCAGCACAUGCACAGAAGCAAUAAAGGCCCAUCAGAGCAAGGCCAGGCUGUCCUGAGCUCGGUAUGGAGGGUGAGCAGUUCCUGCCACUGGAGCCAGCGCUGGGAUGGUUCCAACAGCAGUUCUCCCAUCUCUUUGUCACACUUCCUUUUCAAACAAGGCUUCCAUGGCAGAUUCCUUGGCUGUGGAGCAGAGCAGCCAGCACUUGCCAGGAGCUGAGCUAGAUCUGGAUGUAAAUGCUGAGUUGAAAUAAAAACAGAUUUAAAAUUUGGUUUUUAAAAGGACCCCUCUUCUCUUUGGUGGAAGAGAGGUGGAUGGUGGUGUUCAGCAGCUGUAAGGAUUAAGGACAUUGAGAUUUGUGGAAUUGACCAAACAUGUCC